AGAAGAUUUCUAGAUUUGAAGGAAGUUCGAUUUAUAAGCAAAUCUUUAUAUAAGUAGUUACAAUUUUCUGGUCAUAUUGAUAAAGAGAAUAAAUAAAAGAAAUAAUAACAAUCGGUACUCAUGAUAUUGCUGAUAAUAAAAAAACAUGGAAUUUUCUAAACAAAUCACGUAUGUAUCUGCAAUUGUGAUGACCAUUACCUGUUUAAACUUUGUGAAAGGAAAAACACAGACCUCUGCUUUCAUCACGCAGGUCCAAACUAUUUCAAAUAGACAGUCGUCUGCUACGAUAGAAUGUGCGUUCAAAUUAAUGAAGGAUGCUUCAAACGGCCAUGUCACGAGAAUUGCUGAAGGAACAGACUACUGUGAACGACAAACAAAGGCAUGGCCUAGUCCAGCGUUCGAGCAAGGAUUUGAAUACCACAAACUGACAACACUACUUCAUAAUUACAAGCCACUGCUUGGGGACUUCUACAAUGAGGUUGGCAGUCAUUAUCUGGACUCAGAGAUAAAAGUUGGAGACCGCUUUAUAUUUAUCAUACAAAGGACAGGCAUAGGCAGAAUGUCGAUCGAUUUCAAAAACGAACAAGAGGCGACAACAAUUUUAGAAUUCAGCGUCAGACCAGACACAUUUAGGAUAUACAACAGAAUUAAUGGAACUUAUGGUAAACAAGAAAAGGGCCCACACCCAUUCCCAGAUUUCAAAACAUACAAGCUAGAAUUUGAAGUGCAGGAAUUGCGUUGGAUGAUAUACGUUGACGACACAUAUUACGCAAGGUUUGUUCACCGGCAUCCCGUCACGUUGAUCAGAGAGAUCCAAGUCUUUGUUUCGCCGGUAUUCAAGUAUCUCUCAAAGGCAUUUGACCCAAGGAUGUAAGGAAAUACGAGAGUUUAUGUUGAAAAAAAAGCGAAAAAUAUGAUAAACAAGAUCGAAGUCACUCUGUUUCUUUAGACAAUCUGAUACAUCGUGAGCUUUGCUUUUAUGAAAUAACAUUAGAAUCAUGGAUAACCGUUUUGGUGGAAAGAUGAACAUGACUGCAUACAUUUGAGUAAAUGGAAACGGGAACACUUUCGGUAUUGUACACAAAGUGGCUUGAACUUAAAAUUUAGACUUUAUAUUUCUAAAACGCAUAGCGCCCCAACCCCACCUUUUUGUAGCUGAGUUGUUGAUUUUAUUGAUUGCACGGUUGGUUAAUACGAUUAACUUUUGGAUGAUUCACAUAUUUUUUCUGGGCGAUUGAUCUUAUGGACCAAAUUGAUUGAUUUCGACAAAGUUUUGAGUUAUUGUUGUAUUAUAAAAAAAAUCUGCAAUUUUAUCAGCAAGCUCAUUUCUAAGUCAUGCAAUUACAACAUAAGAUCACUAGUUGUCACUUGUUAAAAGAAGUUUACAUUUCAAUAUAGUUACAGUUCAACACCUUUGAGCGCAAGAAAAUUUGAAAUUGAAUUAAUCAUGAUCAACUUUAAAAGUUUAAUAUCAAGCAGUCAUGUCCAGUAUAUACAUGUAACAGCCAUGUAAUAAUUACCCAUUCUGCUGUACAACGUCAUGGGUCACCGGUGAGCUAUUUAUUUAGCUGUGGAAAGCCAGAUAACGUUUUCAUCAAAUUUUGAGUAUUUUAUACAAUCUCUUUCAAGCACAAUUAUUAUAUAUUUUAGAGAACUGGCGAACUUGUUUACUUUGUUUAUAUGUCAAGUGAUUAUUUGACUGUGUAUAUUUGCAUAAUUGUAGUUUUAUUACUUUUUGUGCUUGAAUAAACACUCUAUGUUUAAAAAUCAGUCUUUUGUUAGCAUGUUUGGUUGGCUUUACGGCGUACGAAGACUGUUAAUGCCCUUUGACACUUUAAUGUAUGUGACGAAUUAGAUGUAAAUGCAAGUACUCUUUUAAAGUAAUGCGGAUCUAAAAAAAUAAAAAUAAUAUUAUAGAAACUCAAAAAUUAAAAUGAUCUAUCCUUAUAUAUACCGAUUAUUUACAUUAGAGUAAGAGACUAUAUCCGUAUCAUUAGAUAGUUGCACACAGUUUAGGAUUAUUAUUUGAAUUAAAUGUGACAUAUUUCUGUCAAUGUAGAAAA